UUCCCAAUUUUUCUCUGAUAAUUUCCCAUUUUUCCCCGAUUUAUUUUCGAUUUUUCAAUUAAUUAUUCAAGUAAUAUGGUAUUUCGUCGGGAGGGCAUAUCGUUAGGCGCCUCGAGAGACCAGGGAAGAUGCGGCGGUGAUAGAAUAAUUACCUGAUUAAAAAAUCGGUAAAAUUAGGAAACAACAUGAAAAAAAUCUAGAAAUAAACUUGAGGUCGUGUCAAUCCAUCUGCGUAUCAUUGGCUGAUAGUAGAGGAUAGGGGAGGUCUAUUAAUUAAUUGAAAUCACGUAGAAAAUUGAAAAAGAUUCAGGAAGAAUGAGGGGAUAAAUAUAUAAUCAUUGAUGACAAGGCAGUGAUUCCUUACAUUUUGAGGGCCGCUAUUCUAGAUUAUUACUUCUGGUAUUUGAUUUUGGCCUUCAAAUUAUUUUUUUCCGGAUUUCACCUCAGAAAAAAGGUCCUGGCAUUUAUACCGUGCAUCGAGAGGGAGAAAUAUACAUAUUCCAGGAUGUCCUCGGGUCAUUCUCUGCCCAUUCCACAUGCGAAUCCAUCUAUCUAACCGAAAACUAUAUCAUCUGACACGAAGAUAUUUGCGACAACUUCGAACCAUUAUCAGUGUUUCCAAUUAAAAUGAUUUUACAGAAAAGCAAAAAAAUUGUAAUAUCUUCAUAGUCCGCAGUCGUUUAAUUUUGUGAUCAGAUCCUUGCUUCCUAGAUUGAAAUCUCUGUUCAUAACCAUUCGCAGCUGUCAAACAGCAGAAGACUUUUGAAUAUUGUUUGGCGACCCUUGGGGGACGCUCAUACUGUGUUACAGCUCAUCAAAGGUGAAUUGGCUUGUGGAUUAUCGACGGUGGAUGAACUUGGGCAUCACAGAGUUGUCAGCAUCAUGGCUAUGGACACUGGGAAUGAAGCAUUUCGAAUAAAUAAUCACUUGUGUAAAUUCUCGGGUGAUGGAAGAUUCCUCUCAUUUGCUUUUCAAGGAAACUUGGUGAUAAAAAACACAGGAACAUACGAUACUUUUCUAUCUUUUUCCUUCAUUGAUAUUAUAGAGCAUGUAGAAUGGACACCGGAUAGCGAAUAUAUAUUAUGCGCUAGCUUCAAAAAGGCAGUUAUUCAAGUGUUCUCUAUUUGCUAUCCAGACUGGAGGUGCAAACUGACCGAAGGCAGUGCUGGUCUGGAAAGAGUUACCUGGUCACCGGAUGGUCGACACAUUAUUACUACAGGAGAUUAUAACAUUCAAUUAUCAAUUUGGUCUCUGGAGAAUAGAUCUGUAACUUAUAUACAGAAUGUCAAAUCAUCUGCUAACAAAAAGUUGAAGUUUAGUCCAGACGGCAAGAGAUUGGCUUUAAUUAUGAUGGACACCGAGAGUUACGUUGCUAUUUACAAAACAUGUAACUGGAAAAUCAGUAGGAAGCUGAUAUGUGAGGGAUUGGAGAGCAUCGACGGUAUUUGUUGGGUUCCAAACGGUGAAAUGCUGUGUAUUUGGUCAUCCGGCGUACUACAUUCGAAAUUAUUAGUAUUUUCUACAGUUUCCGAAAGUUUAGUCGGCUCAUUUGUUGCCGAUGAAGAGACAAAGCACUUGACCACGAUGAUUCCGGAGCACGAAAAUGAGUUUGCCAAACGAUUAAAAGGUAUUAGCAAUUUGAGGUGGAUACCCAGUGGCCAACUGCUCGCUGUCACUGGAUUCAGGAAGCUGAUCAUCCUGCUAAAUCAUUUAACUUGGAAGCCGUUAGCUUGGCUCCAGCAUGAUCCAAUUAUCAAGGAUGAUAUUUGCUCAACUAAAGUUUAUAAAGAAUGUGUGAUGCAGAUCAGGGACACGAAUAAACAUGCCACAUCUCACUGUCGUCACAUUUUGGAAGAAGUACGCACUAGACCUUUCAAUCUUCCACCAUUGAAACGUGACUGUAUCACAGAGAACCCAAUUCCAGAAAUUGAUAUUGUCGAGUUCAGUGCCUGUGGUAGAUACUUAUCAACAAGGCAUCAAUUAUAUCCAACUACAUUAUGGAUCUGGGAUGUGACUACAGAUAAAAUUGAAUAUCUCUUGCUUCGUAACAGGAUUACCAACGUGCGAUGGGAUCCCUCAUCCACUCGACUUUUAGCAUUUACUGAAAGUGCGAAUAUAUUCGAAUGGUCGCCAAAUUCUGUUGCUUGUAUACCAACUCCUAAAGGAAUUGUGAUAUCUGAUGCACAGUGGCAUCCUCAUGGAAAAACUGUGGCUUUAUAUGGUUACAAUAAAGCAGCUAUCCAUCACAUCAAUUCUGAUCGCUAGCAUCUUGGAACAUGCUAACUGCAACUGGAUUGCGACAUAAGACUUGCAAGAAAUCAAUUUACGAAGGAGGCAUAUCUAUUCUCAUUGUUUAAACGACGUUUCAUACAUUUUUAGCUCCCUAUAAUUGCAUAAUUAUAUUUUUUACUAAAUAAAGAAAGAUAGUCUUGCAACAAUUACAAAGCAUCAAGUCAACGAUUCGUAUCUACUAGGAACUGCAUAGGGAUUUCUG